AUGGCUUCUCUUGGAUUCUCACUCUCAAAUGCCAGAUCACUCUACCCACCGCUCAAAUUAGGGUUUCCUUCCAAACCUCAAACCCUUCCCAUCUCCACUCUCAACUUCUCUUCCUCCUUCAGAUGCAUAGGGUCUAGAAGAUUGCAAAAAAAUCAAAAGAUAUUGACUGUUUCUGCUACAAGCCCCAACUCUAGAGGUGGAAAAGCAUCUAAUGAUGGAUCAGAUGUAAAGGAAACUGGCAGUGCUUCAAAGGGACCUCCUCUCCUUACUAUUUUGUUUGGUUUCUUGGUGUUUUUCCUUGUUUUUAAGGUUAUUGGGUCCAUUGUAAUGUGGUUGGUGAGUUUGAUUGUUAAUGUGCCCCCUCCAAAAUAA